GUGCUUGGGACGGGACGGGACUGGACGGCGCGUCGUUUCGGAGAGUUUUCAGCUCCGUCCGGAGGAAAACAUGAUGGAGGAGAUCAAAGAAGACCCGCAGGAGAUCCAGCACGUCGAAGAUACCCAGCAUGAAGAGAGCGAGACGCCAGAUAAAACUGAAGAAGAUGAGCCUUCAAAAGAGGAAACAUCAAGUUUGAAGGACAAGCCUGUAAUAAAUAAGAAGUCCAACAGAUUUCAUCCAUACUCAAAAGAUAAGACGACAAAUGGUGACAAGAAAGCUUAUAACCGUAACCGAGUUUUUAUUAGCAACAUUCCUUAUGAUAAAAAGUGGCAAGUGAUUAAAGACCUCAUGCGAGAUAAAGUUGGUGAUGUUGUAUACGUGGAACUCUUUAAGGAUGCUGAAGGAAAGUCAAGGGGCUGUGGUGUUGUGGAAUUCAAAUCAGAGGAUUUAGUUUCAAAGGCUUUGGAUGUUAUGAACAAAUAUGAUCUUGGUGGAAGACCGCUCACCAUAAAAGAGGAUGCUGAUGGAGAGCAUGCUCGCAGGGCUAUGCAGCGUGCUGGGGGUGGUUCGUACCCUGGCGGAUCCAGGCCGGAUAUUAGUUCACCAAUUGUUAAUUUGCCGCCUAAUCUUGUCAACAAUCCAAAUAUACCUCCUGAAGUCCUCACUGCACUACAGGCUGGAAGACUUUUACCAACUGUGUUUGUUGCUAAUCUUGACUUCAAAGUGGGUUGGAAGAAAUUGAAAGAAGUAUUUUCCAUGGCUGGGACUGUAAAACGUGCCGAUAUCAAAGAAGACAAAGAUGGCAAGAGCCGCGGAAUCGGGACUGUGAUAUUCGAACAGCCACUUGAGGCCGUUCAAGCUAUUUCUAUGUUUAAUGGACAGCUUUUGUUUGAUAGACCAAUGCAUGUGAAAAUGGAUGAUAGGUCUGUUCCACAUGAUGACUUGCGUUCUGUUGACAAGAAGCCUCAAUUGCCUCGUGGGCUUGGUGGUAUUGGAAUGGGACUUGGACCUGGAGGUCGACCAAUUGCUGCAAAUCAAAUGACUAUGAGUAAUGCAGUGGGCAGCAUGACAGCUGGAGGAAUUGGUAUAGAUGGACCAGCCUAUAGGGGAAUGAACAGAAUGAGUGGAGGAAUGAGUGGUCCCAUUGGUUUUAGCAGUGGAAUGGACGUAAUGAACAACUUGGGAAGCUUUGGUGAUGGAGGCAUGGGUAAUCUGGGUCGAAUGGCAGGUAUGAGCACAAUGGAAGACUUCAGAGGAAAUCUGGCCCCAGGACUGGGAAACAUGGGAGGAGUGGGAGGCAGUAUGAGUGCCAUUGGCGGAAUAAGCAGCAGUGUAGCUGCAAUGGGAAGUACUAUGGGAGAUGUGUAUCGCGCAGGAAUGGCAUCUUCUGGUAUGGGAGGUAGUUUUGAUCAAGAAUUUGGAAGAAGUGAAAUGCCUAUGAAACGUGGUUUUGGCGAUUCAUUUAGUGGAAUGGGAGGUGGAAUAGGUGGAGGUAUCGGAGGAAGCAUGGGAGGUGGAAUGGGGGCCACUGGUAUGGGCGUAAUUGCUUCUGCAUUAGGUGCUGGCAUGGCUGCUAUGAAUAGCAUGGCUGGGGGCAUGGCAAUGGCUAUGGAUCGUAUGGGUUCCAGUCUCGAUCGAAUGGGAACAGGAAUGGUAGGUGGGAUCGACAGGAGCAUGGAUAAUGAUCGUGGAUUUGGAAGUAUGAAUACUGGAACAGCAGGAAGCGGUUUAAGAGACGGUGGAAGUAGUUUUCGAGGCUGUCAGAUUUUUGCAAGAAAUCUUCCAUAUGACCUGACAUGGCAGAAGCUAAAGGAGAAGUUUAGUCAAUGUGGUCACGUAAUGUUUGCUGAAAUAAAAAUGGAAAAUGGCAAGUCCAAGGGUUGUGGGAUUGUACGCUUUGAUUCUCCAGAAGUGGCAGAGAAAGCAUGCAGAAUGAUGAACGGCACAAAAAUUAAUGGGAGAGAGAUAGAUGUGCGCAUGGAUCGUAAUGCGUGAUUGAAGACUGAUGUGUAUAGAAAGAUACAGCAUGUUUGAUUAGCCUUAUUGUUUUGCUGCGUUUUGUACUGAAGUGAUUUCCAACAGCUUUAGUGGAAGCUUACAUGUUAUGUGAGUUAUCAUGCAAUAUUGAAAGAUUGCCAACUUAAACUGGAUAUCGACUUGUACGUUUAUGUAAUUUUUGUUAUCAGACUGAGUUUUUUAUGUAUAUAGAAAUUUAGGUAACAUAUUGUUCACUUCUGUUUGAAUGGAUAAACUUUUUAAUAAAAUGUUGUCCAAUGGAUUUUGUUUACAAUGUCAUGAAAAGAAGUGAGCUUUUGUAAAACCACCACUUGAUAAACGGAGUGAAAGCCUUGAUACUAUCCUGUGCAAAAUUCUUAGCCACAUAUGUGUAGCUAGUGUGGCUAAGACUUUUUCACAGUACCAUAUUUGUCAACAUAGAGCAGUGAGCGAAUUUGUAAAUCUGGGAAUGGCAAGGGCGGAUCACUGCAGGAGGGGUGAGACAGGUAGCAGAGAAGGAGUGCUGGGUCAGAAAUGGAGGUGGCACGGGUGACACCAAGCAAGGUUAUAUAAUUCCAACAUUUGGUUUAUUGAUCAUUACAGAAUGUCUCUCUGGUGCCUCCUCUCUCCCUGCCCCUUUCCCACUCUCAGUCCACAAUUGAGACCCAUAGUAAAAUCAGGUAGGUCACUCACAUAGGUCAUUAGAUUUGUUGUUUUUUUUGGCGGCAGCAGUACAGUGCAAUACAUAAAAUUACCACAGUGCUGUGCAAUUUCUUAGGCAUCCUCGCUACAUAUAUGUGCAUAAGACCUUUGCACAGAUCUGUACAAUUCCUUCUAUUUUUGUUGAAGCACCAAUUCUUAAUCUUCAAUAAUGUAACUGAAUUUUCUGCUGUUGGUCUGGUCUGUACACCACAUUCAUUACCUUUAUUCCCAUAAAACCAUGAAAUUACAGUUUGGUGCUCUACAAACUGAAUACUGUGUAUUUCAUUGCAGCAUCAAAUUUUUUGUUAUUGUAACAACUUUGCUGUAAUUUAGUGAAAACCUUGCAAUGUCUUUGAAGUAUUAUUUAGUAGGAAUAUAGUUUUCUUUUUACUUAAGUCCACUAAGAAUAUUUUAAUUCAAAAAGAUCUUUUCCUAUUCAAUCUCACAAACUUGAAAUGCAUAUUUGACUGUAACCUGUGCUGGAUGAACAAAGAGAUCUUGUAACACAGCACCUGAUCGAAUUUGAGGGGAGUAACACAUUUUUAAUAAUAGCUUGUAUAUGUCAAUGGUAAGUACAGUGUAAGAGUUUAGAGCUUAAGUAUGCCUAAAAAUACUUGGAAACUUUCAGUGGGUAACUUGGGAGUUAAUAUAGGUACUUAAAGUAUUUUUGCUCUAUUGCUUGUUUGCUUCUGGGAAAGACUGCUCACUUUGAAUUUUAUCAGCUUAUCUCUAGAGUACAGUACUGAGUUUAUCGUUUCAUGGAAAAUGGAACCAAUGGAACGGUUCCCAUAAUUAAAGAUCCUGUAUUUUUGUUAUCCUACUUUGACGAACUUGCCUACAUUAGCCUUUCAAAUUCAGGUUAACUUCUAGCGCUCAGCAACUGAUGUGAUUUUGUUGUAGGCUGUCUUCUAAUCUCUUGUGCCAAGUAUAUUAAACCAAUUGUCCCAAUAAUAAAAUUUAAGGGACAAUAUUCUGCUGAUGCCAUGAAUGGUGCUUAAAUCUGGAGAGUGCAAAUCAUAAAGUUGGGUAAGUUUUUUUAUUUUUUAAAAAAUAGUUUCAAGUGUGUUAUGUAACCCAAGCAACAUACAUCAAAGUUGCUGGUGA